GCUUAAAUCCACCCGUGGAAAGGCUUUUCCCAUCCCCGAUGAUUUGCUGGCUUAGGCGCUUCAUUAGGAUGGCUUUGGAGCAAGUUGGAUUAAACAUGGAAUCAGUGCUGUGGUCCAGCAAGCCCUACGGUUCCUCUCGGAGUAUUGUGAGAAAGAUUGGCACCAACCUCUCCCUUAUCCAGUGUCCAAGAGUUCAGUUUCAGCUUACUUCUCAUGCCACAGAAGGACACCAUCCAAACCAGCUCAGAGAAGAUGCAGUGGCCUCCUUUGCAGAUGUGGGAUGGGUGGCUCAAGAAGAAGGUGAAGGCUCUACAAGGCUCAGGUCAGAAGCUUGGGCAAAAGCAGCCCAGCCUCCUCUUUCAGGUGAGCUACAUCGUUCUAGAAAGCCUCUCUACAGACAGAUGUCCUUACACAGCCCACUGGAAGAAGAACCAGUGCUGAGGAGCCCAGUGUUGGCCAAUGAUGAAGCUCUGCAGAAGAUCAGUGCUCUGGAAAAUGAACUGGCCACUCUGAGAGCACAAAUAGCCAAAAUUGUGACCAUGCAGGAGCAACAGAACCUGACAGCAGGGGGGUUGGACUGGAUGAGCUUUGGAGUUGUUCCAGCUGCUCUUCCUGCUGCUGCACCUCCACCACCACCACCUCCUCCUCCGCCACCGCCGCUCCCAGCCCUGGGCCAACAGCAGAGCAAGUCUGCAAUUGAGCUCAUUAAAGAAAGGAAAAACAAAAAGAACAACUCUGGCCAGACCCUGGCAGAGAAUGGGCCAAAGAAGGCUGAGCUGCCAAACAUGCUGGAGAUCCUCAAGGACAUGAGCAGCGUGAAGCUGCGUGCCGUGAAAAGAUCCUCAGAAGGUACCAAGUCCAAGGCGGCUGACCCUGCAGACCCAGCAGCACUCAUAGCAGAAGCACUCAAGAAGAAAUUUGCUUAUCGCUACCGGAGUGACAGCCAGAGUGAGCCAGAAAAGGUCACCCCAAGGGCUGAGACAAAGACACAGCCUGAGGUGGUGCUGUUUGGGCCACACAUGCUGAAGUCUACAGGAAAAAUGAAGACUUUAAUUGAAAAAUCUUAACCCCUCAAGAU